CCCGCCGGCAGGUGACCCCGGGCCGCCCGCGGGCUGUAGCAUGACCUGACCCGAUGGGCAGCCGCCUCCGCUCCGGCCCCUGCCCCCGUCUCCGCCAGGAAACGCGCCGCAUGUCUCCCCGAUAAAAAUAAAAGCGACUCCCUCCUCCCCGCUGCAGCGUGCCCCGCAGCCCGGCCCGCCCCGGCGCUGAGCGAGCCCGGCCCCCGCCGCAGCCUGACUGGUGCUCCGGGCCGCCCAUGGAUAUUGCAACAGGUCCCGAGUCCUUGGAAAGGUGCUUUAGCCGGGGCCAGUCGGACCGCGCCAAGAUGCUGGACGGCAUUAAAAUGGAAGAUCACCCCCUGCGCUCGGGCGCCGCGACCUUAGGCGUCUUGCUGGGGUCAGAGUGUCAGAACCAGGCAGUUUGCGAGGGCUGCCAGCGGCCGAUCUCAGACCGUUUUCUGAUGAGAGUGAACGAGUCUUCCUGGCACGAAGAGUGUUUGCAGUGUGCCGUGUGUCAACAAGCCCUCACCACCAGCUGCUACUUCCGGGAUCGAAAACUGUACUGCAAACAGGACUACCAACAGCUAUUUGCUGCUAAGUGCAGCGGCUGCAUGGAAAAGAUUGCCCCGACAGAGUUUGUGAUGAGAGCCUUGGAAUGUGUUUACCACUUAAGCUGCUUCAGUUGCUGUGUCUGUGAGCGGCAGCUGAGGAAAGGAGAUGAGUUUGUUCUGAAGGAAGGACAGUUGCUCUGCAAAAGUGACUAUGAAAAAGAAAAAGACUUGCUCAGCUCAGUGAGCCCCGAUGACUCAGACUCAGUUAAAAGUGAUGAUGAGGACGGAGAUGUUAAACCAACCAAAGGACAAGCAAACCAAGGAAAAGGGAGCGAUGAUGGGAAAGACCCAAGGAGACCCAAACGACCAAGGACAAUACUUACAACACAGCAGAGAAGAGCAUUCAAAGCAUCUUUUGAAGUGUCUUCAAAGCCAUGUAGGAAGGUCAGAGAAACACUAGCAGCUGAAACAGGACUCAGUGUGCGAGUUGUCCAGGUCUGGUUUCAGAACCAAAGAGCAAAGAUGAAGAAACUAGCACGGAGGCAUCAGCAGCAGCAGGAGCAGCAAAACUCUCAGCGACUAGGGCAAGAAGUAAUGUCCAACCGAAUGGAAGGGAUGAUGACAUCGUACACACCACUUGCACCACCACAGCAGCAGAUUGUAGCAAUGGAUCAAAGCAGUUAUGGCACGGACCCAUUCCAGCAAGGUCUUACCCCUCCACAAAUGCCAGGAGACCACAUGAACCCCUAUGGAAACGACUCAAUUUUUCAUGAUAUCGACAGUGAUACCUCUUUGACUAGCUUGAGCGACUGUUUCCUUGCCUCCUCAGAAGUUAACUCCAUGCAGGCUAGAGUAGGAAACCCCAUUGACAGGCUGUACUCUAUGCAGAGCUCAUAUUUCGCCUCAUGAAAAUAAUAAAAAAAAAACAAAUAGCUGGCGUAUCUUUAGCAAGUGACUUUUUGCAGAGCAGACUCUACAGCCAUAUGUUGCCCAGCUCUUCCUUCACAGUGACUCCUGCCACCCCUGGACUGCCAAGAGCAUUUUUAGGAGGACCAUAUAUUAAAUAAAUAAAUCAACCCAUCAACCCUCACCUCCCCCAGUCACACACACCCACAUCCUCAGUUAUCCGGAUUGGACCAGGCCGAGAGGAAAGCAUGGGAAGAACGGAACACCCAGCUCUCCAGCAGCCCUUGGUUUGGUUUGAGCUCCGCACUGUAAAGGAGGUGACUGUGUGAAAAGCGAGACCUUUUUCCUCCUUUCUUUCUUCCUUUCAUUUGGAUAUUUAAACUUUUUUUUUUAAAGCCACUGAGACUGACAUCAGUCAACCAUAUGACGAAUAAAUCAAAGAAACUGGAGACUCCUCCCCUUUCUUACUGCAUGACUCAUACUAUGUUGUGGAUAAAUUGCCAUUUGAACUGUGAGAAGUUAAUGUAAAUGUGACGUUCAACAUUUGUUUCCUUUCUACACUUUUUCUACAUUACCCUCAAUCUGCUCCUUAGUUUAUAGCCCUUAUACUGUAUGAUACUUAGAAAAACUGGUUAACAAUAAGCCUUGUGGAGAAGCCAGUGAUUUCAUAAUUGGAAAAGGACCCUGGAGAGAAGCUGCAUGUUAGGGACAGAUGCAUUUAGAUUAGUAUUAAUCUUGAAUAAUUAAAACAAAAGGUGCUUACA